AUGUUAUUCUCGUACAAAGCUGAUUGCGCCGAGAACACCAGCGUUCAAAGUCCGAUUCGGUUGACGCAAAAUAAUGCUUUUCUGGUAGACGAUGCUGCUCCUUUGCUGUUCCUGGGCCACGGUAAUCUGCGAGCAGGUGCGUCACUCACUAACAACGGGCAAUCGGCUGUGCUUAAGUUAAACCAAGAGCAUCAGUCCCCGAGGCCAUUCAUCAUCGGAGGCCCUCUUGGUGGGGUAUAUGUAUUUGAGCAACUACACUUUCAUUGGGGACCGAGUGAUCGCAGUGGUAGCGAGCACGUGCUGAACGAAAGUGGUCACUCGAUGGAAGUGCACGUGGUACACUACAAUGUGCGUUACAGUAAGUUUGAGGAAGCAGUUGGCGCGCCAGACGGUCUAGUCGUUGUUGCCGUGUUUCUGCAGGCGUUCAAAUGCCCAGAGGCCUACUGUGCGGCCUUUCAGCCAAUCGUUGACGGUGUACAUUUAAUCCGGGAACUGAACGGGUCGGUUGAACUCGAGGCCGAUUGCCUUCGCUGGUUGACACAUCUUGAUCUAAGCCGCCGUUAUUAUACGUACCGUGGUUCGUUGACAACACCACCGUUUGCGACAAACGUUACGUGGAUCGUGUACGAGGUGCCGAUUUCCGUUGCUCCAUUUCAGACCGCCCCUUUUCGGCGACUGCAACGGGUACGAGGUGAUCGUCAGAGCAUGAUUUUGAAAAACUAUCGACCGCUGCAGCCAUGCCUCGGUGCAACAAAUGUUACGUUUGUGCGUAACACUUGCCAAAGCUUGUCACGCGCAAAACUUUAA